ACCGGCGGUAGCACGCGAAUUGAGUUUGUUGUGCAUUCAAUUUAAAUAAGACUUAAAAUGCGCUUUGCUCAAAUUAUUGUUGGACCUGCGGGUAGCGGAAAGUCGACAUAUUGCAGCUUCAUGCAACAACAUGCCAUGGACAGCAAGAGAAACAUUCAGGUUGUGAAUUUGGAUCCGGCUGCAGAACAUUUUAACUACACACCGCUGGCGGAUAUUCGAGAGCUGAUACAUUUGGACGAUGCCAUGGAAGAUGAGGAGCUGCACUACGGCCCAAAUGGUGGCUUGAUAUUCUGCCUAGAGUUUCUCAUCGAGAAUCAGGAUUGGCUAAAGGCGCAACUGUGUGGAGGCGAAGAUGAAUUGAUGUUGGGUGAACCCGAUGAUGAUUAUAUACUCUUCGAUAUGCCCGGUCAAAUAGAGCUGUUCACACAUCUGAAGAUGGGCAAACAGUUGGUACAGCUGCUGGAAUCUUGGAACUUUCGCACCUGCGUUGUCUUCUGUCUGGACUCACAGUUUAUGGUAGAUGGAGCCAAGUUUAUAUCGGGCACAAUGGCUGCACUGAGUGUGAUGGCCAACAUGGAGCAACCUCACGUAAAUGUGCUAACCAAGAUCGACCUGUUGAGCACCGAGGCGCGCAAGCAGCUAGAACUCUAUUUGGAACCAGACACACAUAAUCUAAUGGGAGAGCUGACAAUUGGCACAGCGUUUGGUGAGAAAUAUCGCAAGUUAACCGAAGCUAUUGGAUCGCUCAUUGAGGAUUUCAGUUUGGUUCGCUUUUUCCCACUAGACACGGAGGACGAGGAGAGCAUUGGUGAUCUUUUGUUACAGAUCGAUAGUAUUUUGCAAUUUGGCGAAGAUGCUGAUGUGCAAGUGCGCGAUUUUGAUGAACUGGAGGAAAACGAAGAACAAGAAGCGGAUAUGUAAUUUAGCCACAUUAAUUAAUGUAAAUAAAUUAGAAUAAAUACAAAUAUAGAAAAAAUU